GCAAAAAUUAUUGAUGUGAUUAGUGUACGCAACAUUUAUGUGGUUUCGCCUACUGCAGAUAUGAAUUCGUUACCAACUUAUAUUGAAUAUUUCAAGCAACAUUUCCCAGCAGACUUUGACCUCGUAAACAUUCUCGCCUCACUUUCCCCACCUAAACCAUAUUUUAAGAAUCCGCUUGUAUCUAGAGAAUUGCGUACAAUGUAUCUUGAAGCCAUAACAUAUCUAUUAAAAAAUGACCUUGUUGUACAGUUGCAUGCAUAUAUAUUGCUCAUGAUACCACAAUACAUAAAAAUGGGAUUUACACAAGAAGAAUAUAAUGCAUCAUCAGGUGAAGGUAAUGGCGUGUCACCCAAUGCAAUGGAUGAAACAACGUUAAUAUCACCCCAUGAUAAAGCGUCAGACAGUGAAAGAGAAUGGUUGAAUAAAUUUGUGGCUAAUCAACCCAGAGAAACGGUGGCAAUGUUUGAAAG